GAGAGAGAGAGAGAGAAAAAAAAAAAACAACUAAAAAAAGACAAAACAAAGCGUUUAGCGGGAAAGUGUCAAAUAGAAAUCACAUUACUGACAGAGUUAUAGCUCUAUAAUCUGUGCGGAGUCUCUCAUCAAGUGUAGGUGCCUUCCUCCAUGCGCCUGAAAGCUAUGGGACCGCCGUGCUACGCGUCACUGGUGCUUUUGAUCUGUUGCCUUGCUCAAACAAACGCACUGACAACAUGCGGAACCAACCAGCUCCAGUGUGGUAAUGGGAAAUGCAUCACAGUCCGAUGGGUUUGCGAUGGCACAGACGACUGUGGAGAUGGCACGGAUGAACUCCCUGGCACCUGCAUGGCCAAAACAUGCAGACCGACAGAGUUCAGCUGUGGCGGCCGCCUUAACCAGUGUAUACCUAACACCUGGCGCUGUGAUGGAAAAGCUGACUGUGAGAACGCAGCUGAUGAGGAGAGCUGUGCACCCAAGCUGUGCACCAACAACGAGUUCCGCUGCAGGAACGGCCAGUGCGUGUCGUCCUCCUUUGUGUGUGACGAGGAGGCCGACUGUGAUGAUGGCAGCGACGAGGCCUCCUGUCCGCCUACUACCUGCAGCGCCUCCUCCUUCCAGUGCAAUAACACCGUCUGUGUCCCGCGCCUUUGGGCCUGCGAUGGGGACGCUGACUGUUCAGACGGCUCAGAUGAGUGGCCCAAGAACUGUGGCAUGAUGAAACCUGCCGCCACUGCCGCUCACCCCUGCUCCUCCCUGGAGUUCCACUGCGGCAGUGGGGAGUGCAUUCACAGCAGCUGGAAGUGUGACGGAGGAGCCGACUGCCUUGAUCGAUCAGACGAGGCCGACUGCACUCAUCCCACCUGUCGCCCAGACGAGUUUGAGUGCGGUGAUGGCAGCUGCAUCCACGGCAGCCGCCAGUGCAACCAUCAGUACGACUGCAGGGACAUGAGUGAUGAAAUGGGCUGUGUCAAUGCGACUCACUGUGAGGGCCCGACCAGGUUUAAGUGCCGCAGUGGGGAGUGUAUCAGCAUGGAGAAGGUGUGUGACAAGCAGCGUGACUGCAGGGACUGGUCAGAUGAGCCUCUCAGGGAAUGUGGUUCCAAUGAGUGUCUGUAUAACAACGGCGGCUGCUCUCAUAUCUGCAAUGACCUUAAGAUCGGCUAUGAGUGCCUGUGUCCAGCUGGCUACUACCUUGUUGACACGAAACGCUGUGAAGAUAUUGAUGAGUGUGCCAACCCAGAUACCUGCAGCCAGAUCUGCGUCAACCAGAUGGGCAGUUACAAAUGCGAGUGUGAGGAGGGUUACCAAGUGGACCCAGCCACCAAAGCAUGCAAGGCAAUUGGUACCAUUGCCUACCUUUUCUUCACCAACCGUCAUGAAGUCAGAAAAAUGACUUUGGACAGAAGUGAGUACACACGUGUGAUCCCUCGUCUGAAGAACGUUGUGGCUCUGGACAUGAACAUUGCCACCAACGAGAUCUACUGGUCAGACAUCUCCCAAAAGAAGAUCUACAGAGCCCCCAUGGACACGGCUUCAGAUUCCACCCAACAUAAUAUAGUCAUUGGUAGUGACAUUGACGCUCCUGAGGGCAUCGCCAUCGAUUGGAUCCAUGGAAAUCUGUAUUGGACCGACAGCAUCCGCAGCACUAUCUCCGUGACAACUGCUGACGGGAGCCGCCGCAAAACUCUCUUCCAACAACACCUGGCAAAGCCCCGUGCUAUUGUGGUUGACCCCCACAGCAACUUCAUUUACUGGACUGACUGGGGCACUCCGGCCAAGAUUGAGAAGGGAGGUCUCAAUGGAGGAGACCGCACCGCUCUGGUCACUGACAAUAUUGUUUGGCCUAACGGAAUCACACUUGACCUGCUGAACCAGCGGCUAUACUGGGUGGACUCAAAGUUGCAUACCCUCUCCAGUAUCGAUGUGCAGGGCGGCAGUCGACGCACACUCAUCAUUGAUGAGCACAAGCUGGCUCACCCACUGGGACUCACUGUGUUUGAGGAAAGAGUGUUCUGGACAGAUGUCAGCAACAAUGCCAUCCUGAGUGCCAACAGGAUGACGGGCAGUGACAUCCGACCUGUGGCAGAGCACCUGUCGUCCCCGGAGGACAUUAUUCUCUACCACAACCUCAAACAGCCUGCAGGCAGGGACUGGUGCAAGGUGGCCAAUGGUGGCUGUGAAUUCCUGUGCCUGGCAGCUCCUCAAGUGGGUCCACAUCCCCCAAGAUACACCUGUGUCUGCCCUGAUAACAUGGUACUAGCCAGGGAUAUGAGGAGAUGUGUGCCAGCUCCUGCGCAGCCCCAAGCUCCUGCCACCAAUCCCCCACAUGUGCCACCAACGCCGGCCAGCACCCCAGUCAAGCCCCAAGCUCGCACCACCACCGUUGCACCCAUCAUACCCACCAGCACUGUGGCCAGGCCACUGCCACGCACCAUCAAGCCUCUGGUUAGGACCACCACACCUCUACCAAAGCUGCCUAAGGCAACACAAACCACCACUGAGGUCCCAGUUACCUCUCAAGAUGUCCAACAUAAAUUUGCUGCUGCUAUACCCAAAACCGCCCCCUCCACCCCAACAGCUCUCUAUAUUGUCUUACCUCUGGUGACUGUAUGUCUUGUGGCCGUUGGUGCCAUGCUGCUAUGGAGGAACUACAGGCUGAAGAACACCAACACCAUCCACUUCGACAACCCCGUCUACCAGAAAACCACCGAGGACCAAGUGCACAUUUGCAGGAGCCACAGUCCUGAUGGUUAUACCUACCCACCUAGGCAAAUUGUGAGCUUGGAUGAGGAGGCAGACAACCCGGCCUUCACAGAAAACUGAAAACAAGACAGGGCAGAGAAGUAAGAAGAGCCUUGAUAACACGCUACCAUGGAAGUCCUUUAUACCUCACAUAGCACAUAAAUAGGAAGAAGAAGCCAGUAACGGUAUCACACAAGCUCAAACCACAAUAUCCUCACAUAGAAACAUAGCUUUGUACUAAGGAAAACCAGGGUGAAGAGAAGAGUGUUUUUACAUCUUCAUUGCACAUUUGUUUUCCAUGGUCCUUUCACCAAAAAAAAUCAGACUGGGGACUCCUCAAAAUUGUUUCUUUUUCUCAGCGACAUCCUGCAAUGCCUUAUAAAUGGAGGGCUCUCUUAGCAUUAAAGCCCAAAUAACUUUUUGUUUUUCAUACAUAAAUUCAGCUAGACCCAUUUAAUGCAACCUAGGAUGGACGCUCUGUCUCACUCUUAUUACGUAACUCAGAAAUGAUGAUUUGUAAAUAUUGCUGUUUAUUUUUGUCAUUCAAUAGAAAAGUGUCAAGUUGUUGAUGGAAGGUGAUCAUAUCUUGCACUAUCUAUAGAUGAAUAGUUUUUUUUUUUUUUUUAUCUCUUCUUCGGAAAUAAGAAAAUCUGCACCUGAGGGUGUGUCCCAGGAUAAACACUAACAGUAGAGCUGAUUGUUUUAAAGUUGAGUAUCCGUAGGUCAAUGUGAUUGAUGAAUGCUAAUUAGAAUUCUGCAGAUGCCAAGUUAACCAGUGUGACCUCUUUAUCAGCCUCAUUAUCCUAAGCAUAAUAAUGAUGGGGUGAACUUUUGCCUUUUUUUUUUUUUUUUUACACCGGUCAUUGCCUUUGUCAAGGAGCAAGGGUGUCAUCCAAAGGGACCUACAGCAGCUGUAGCCUAUAACUGUGCAGGAAACACACUGUAGCCUUGUGUAUGUGAUUGUCUGGAGACUUGACAUUUCACCGAAUGUCUUUUGAGCUCAGCCACUGGCUCAUUGGUCACAAUAUCCUUUUAGCAGGUAUCAGUUUUUUCUCACUGUCUCAGGAUGCCUUUUCAGUUCUUUUCUCUCUGACAUUUCAUUUGAAAUCUAUAGAGUGGAGUGUAGAGUUUCAAAAAAACAUCGCCUCGGUUUAUACCUUCCAUGUUUCCCUCUCAGGAGGGCUUUAUAUAAGCGAAACAUUCCUGUAUGACAGAGGAACAUAAGGGUUUAUGUCCAGUGCUGUGUACCAUGCAACAGUGCACAGGCUAGUUAAUAUUUAUGUGCUCCCUUAGGGCUAGAAAGGUCUAAAAAGAGGGCUCAAGGUCCCCAAAACGGAUUUCCACACGGUUCUCAGCGGCUGUUCAUUCUCAUUUCAUAUUUAUGACAAAUGUGUGCCUUUUCAACAACAUAUUUUGUUCACACAUGUUCGCACUGGUGCUACUGAACUCCAAGGACUUGUGUGACUUCAGUUUGUUUACAUUGCGACGCACAAGGGAAGUUACAGUGUUACAUGCAGGCGAGCGAUGGUUAAAGCCUGGCAGAGACGUUAGCGCGAUGUUGUGAAACCUUUAUGCUGAGACCGAAAAACCCUGAUUGAUGAGUGCUGGUGAAGCUGUACAGACAGAUGAAAUAAUUGUUGCUUUACAGUCAUCCACCAACAGUGCAGAUUAAGCUGUAUGUAAAUAAUGAUGUUCAUAAUUGUAAAUAUGUUUUCUUUACCUUUUUUUUUUUUUUUCCUUUUU